UCAGCCUACAGGCAUCAAAAUACAAACAGUAGAUGAAAGAUGGCGGACGAUUUGAACAACUUUGCAAUUUCUUCGCUUCUGACGCUGAGUGUGGAUAAGCUCCUCAGUGUCCUCCCUCACCACCUGUCGGAUGUGGAACGCCUCCCUCCUCACAUCAAAAACAAGCUGCUGCACCUGAUGAGCAAAAGAGGCCUGGUGACAGAUGACGUCAUCGACAAGGUAAUUCACAAUGGCACAAAGAUUCUUGACCUUGGAGAGUGUGACAUCACGGAUGAGGGUCUCAAUAAGCUGACUGUUUGCAAGAAUCUCCGGAAGCUUGACUUGAACUCGGCCAAAGAGAGCAGAACGAGAGUGACGUCUGCAGGCCUUCAAGUGGUUGCUCAGUCUUGCCCCCUGCUGCAGGUCCUGUACCUCCGCCGCUGUCUUAACGUCACCGAUGCUGGCCUGAUUGCACUGGCCCAGAACUGUCGCCAGCUGAUGGAGAUCAACAUUGGUGGAUGCCGUCAGAUCACCGAUUCAUCGCUCAUUGCUGUUGGUCAGAACUGCCGCAUGCUGAGAAGCUUUAACUUUUCCAAAUCGCAGGUAUCAGAUGAAGGCGUGAUUGCACUGGCCAUGGGAGUCUGUAAGCAGUCGCUUAUGGAGGUCCACAUGGAUCACUGCAUCCACCUGACAGAUGAUGCAGUUGAAGCAGUUGUACAAUUCUGUCCACGGAUUUCCAUUUUAUUAUUCCAUGGCUGCCCUUGUAUCACAGAUCGCUCAAGACAAGCCCUGGAGGAGAUCCAAGGCCAGCAGUCCCACAUCAAACAAGUCACAUGGACCAUCUACUAGAAUAUCUGGCAGAAUCCAAGCAGCAUGAUGAAAUGCCCUGCGAUAGUGAGACAGCUCAUUUCGACACAUGAAAUGUUUUAGGUGGCUGGCAGUCGAGCAUUCUUAGACACAUGGUAGCCACAGUCAAGAGCUACUAGCUCCGAUCAGUGCUUUCCCUUACACUGGCCCUUGCUCCCCGAGCUGGGCUGAUAUACUUGGACAGGCCGUAACCUGGGAGAGUGUAUGACACCCUGUGAGGGGAUCUGCUCUGAUUUAAGGAGCAUCUCAAAAAGCGGAAUGGGAAUGUGCCGUUGGACUGUUCAUCAGAUCACUCCUGCAUUUCUCUAGAACGGUCUAUUUGCCUGUCAGCACAGACACUGUUCCGUGUUCCAGUGGAACGGUUAAGCCGUUGCAUGGGGCACAUAUGCCCUUGGAACAGUCGGCUGGGAACAGGAACAGUGCAAAUAGGGACACCUGUAAUUGGGCAUUGUGUGUCCAUCUAAUAAUUGUAUUCCUUAGGCAUGCAUCCUUGACGAAGACAGUGAUGCCACAAACUCUGGUUUUCGUUUACAAAAUGGCACAAAACUAGAGGUAGGAAAAAGCAUGGAACGGUCCAACAGAUCGUUCCCACAACGGCAGCCAUUCUUACAUUCGGCUGGGAACACUGACCAUAACAAGUGAAAUGGCCAGUGUGCCCAACUGAGCAUUGGAACCAUUCCAACUUUUAAGAUGCCUUCUUAAGACAAGGAAAUCUUAGAUCCUUUUAGAAAGCCAUCACACCUCGGGUAGGUAGCCUUCAAGGGGGCUGCUACCCUUAUCAGGUGCUAGCAGCCUAAUGCUUUUCACACUUUUGAAGUCACGGCUUGUGAACUCGGGGAUAACUCUCAUACCUCUGUACAGAACUGAGACCCACUAGAGCCAGUUAGAGGGAAAUUAAACCUGUUCUCUGGGAAAGAUACCUCUCAUAUUCCAUUCUCAGUGAAAAGAGUCUUCUAUUGAAAUUCCUUAGGAGUAACUCCUACUAUGCAGUUUCUGGCUUCACUGAUAAUAGAUAAGAGCCUGAAGUGCCUUAGCAGGGCAUUUUUGCAAACCUUAAAACUCAGGUUCAAAGUUACUGGAAACAUAUUCCCUUCCAGGAGGGACCCAUUACAAACAUAGCACAAACUAAACAUGAAUAAAUGCUGUGAAAUGUGUGUGAAACCCAAAUAUUUUAGCAAAAAGAGUAAUAUAUUUCGUUGGCCUCUCCUUCCCCAGGUUCACAUCCCACUAAAACUGUCAACAGAAAGUCUUUAAAAACUUUUUUUUAAUAACAAGUUGCCUUUAUUGGCAUAAUGUACAGUUGUACAUGAAAGUCUAUAAAUUUAAUUUCCAAUAUAAAACAAUAUUUCAACGAAACAAAAAUAACACAAUAAAAUUCCAUGAAACUGAAAAGACUAUCAUAGAACUCAGUGUGCAUUCUUCGCAUGAUUGAGAAGGCAGGUUUUCUAAGUAAUAGAUUUCAUGGACCUGACACACCAGUAUAGUUAAGUAUACUGUAUGUACUCGGUCUGACGCCAAGUACACUGAACUAGUUUUCGUACGAAAUGUGCACAAGCCGGUAGGAUCUUCAUGUGUACAACUGGCAAAGACAUUCAAGUGUGGAACCGACAAAUGUCACCACUGAACGGGGUUAUGAGGGCUCCAACAAAUCUAAUCCCCUAGGUCCCAAGUGAGGUUUCGGUCCCAUGUUACUUUCCAGUGUUACUCCUACCAUUACAAGGCAACUUGAAACAAUGAAUAUCUUCCGGAACAUUGUCGCCUAUUCUUACUUGGAAAAUAACCUAGGUGUCCACCGCUCCUAUCCAUCUGCACCUGUCCACCUGCAAUUGUCAGAUAUCCUAGCCAGCCUGGAAGGGGGCAGGGUAAAGCAAAUGGUACUCUUUUUUUAUCUGGACAGGGGAAGCACAGGUAGUGUCAGUGUCAGGAUCUGUGUAAAACAAAAGGAGAAAAAGAUAACUUUAUUAACUGCUCUCGUAGCAUCACUGAAGACACCCUGUUUAUCCUUCGAUGCUCUGAAACCCCCAGUUACGGCUGGGGCACUGUGCCAGCCAAGGGCACUGAUCUCAAAAUAAAUCUGAAUAGUUGAUUGGCUGUUAUAAUUGAAGCGCCCUCUAAAUAACAAAUCCACAAAAAGCAGAUUUGUGCAUACAUUUUCUGAAGGACGGAAGUUGAUGAGAUUGGGCCCCUCUGCAUUCCAGUGAGGUGAUCGGGAACAAGCCCGUGCAUGUAGCUUUCCUUGUUCAGCUUUCAAUUAUGGCCAGUGAGUGGUCUAGCGCCAAUGUUUUACAUGUACAAUAACUUGUCACAGUGUGCCCGUGUCUUGGAAGUCAGUUUUUUCAAGUCUGACGCUAGUUGAUUUCCCUUGAAACUUAGAAAAAGAAAGGCACCAUUGGCUUACUGCAGUGGGGGAAUUUUGAGGAAUUCAGGCAAUUUCAAGGAGUGUUUGGUAGAAAUGUCUAGAUAGUUAGGGUUUACAUCCAAAUCAAGUUGUGCUUCAAUAACAAAUACACUGUACAUUCUCCCUACACCUUUCCUCCCAGUUUCCCAUUUAAUACUAGAAAGGGGCUGACAGCAUUCAUUUACUAAUGUUGCAGACGUCAGAAUACAUGUAGCUAUUUUGGGUCUGAUACGGCACAAUAUCUUCUACUUAUCCUCCAUUCACUAACUCUGCUUCAAAAGUCCACUUUACACGUACAUCCCAAACAAUUAUAACAUGCAAAUACCCUGUUUUCUGAUAUAAUAAACACGGACUUCUUUAAAAUAAACCAAGUUCCCGUCCGUCCGUCCCGUACGUGUGUGAAGACGAUUUCUCACCUUUUUGUUCAGUAUAAUUACUCUGUACAUAUGUACCAGUGUAAUGCAGUUUAAGAAGUGAUUUUGGCAGUGACACUGUCAGCGUGUAUGUACAAGAAGCAAUUUGGUAUAUGUAAUAGUGUUUUGUUUGCUCUUCUCUGCAGGAAUGACAUAAAAUUCAUGGGUAUUUUUUGUUCUUACUAGAGAAGUUCUUGGCACUGCAACAGUUGAACAUUUUGCUCCACAACUGCAUUAAUAGAUCCGGAUUAAUAAGUUAAAUAAAUAGUGUAAAAAUGGUAUUGUGAUGCUAUUUGGUAAUAUGAAGUACAGCAAAUUAUACAGCCUACAAUUUUCAUGUAAAUCGGAAGGCAUUUUUGUGCAAGUGUAUCUGGCAAAGAGAAAACAAGAAAUGCAUGUGGAUUGAUACGUCGCCUGUCUGUAAAGAAUUAUAUUUGUAUCUCAUUGAAUUGUUUUUUUUAAAGAGUAAAGUUUGAUGUUCUGCACAAAUA